AUGGUAACUACUUUAGAGCUCGAGACUCACAACAAGUUGAAUCGUUUAAAUAUUUACUUUGAAGAUAAGAGAUGUCGUGGCAAAAGUUCUGGUAGGAACUCGUUAAACCACCCACUAGUUCGAGAACACAACCACAAACUUUGUCAAUUACAACCAGCCGAAGUCUUUGAAAAAGGCUUGGGAAAUAAAAGGUUACUGCUAUUAUCUGAACAUAAAUCUUUAAAGAAAAAAAUAAAUGCCACUAACAACAGCAAUGAUUGUUAUGAUGUUAAUGUUGAUGUUGAUGUUGAUGUUGAUGCUGAUGUUGAUGCUGAUGUUGAUGCUGAUGUUGAUGUUGAUGUUGAUGUUGAUGUUGAUGUUGAUGUUGAUGUUGAUGUUGAUGUUGAUGUUGAUGCUGAUGUUGAUGAUGUUGAAAAUCAUGAUGAUAUCCAUUUUGCUCAAAUGGCAAACAGAAAAUCUAGAAAAUUCUUUACCAAAAGACCAUUUUUUCCAACAUUACUACCUUCUUCUUCUUCCUCUCCCUUGUAUUCAUCAUCAUCAUCGUUCCAUGACGUAUCCACUAUUAAUAUAAAAGGUUGCAAAAUAGCAAAUGACAUGAAUUCCCAACGUAUGAAAAGAUCGAGCUUUAAUAAAGAAAAUAUUUAUAAUGUGGAAAAUACUGAAAUCGUUAGUGAAAAAGAUCAACAGAUUACGACGUGUAGAAAAAGCAAAAUCUAUAAACAUAGUUAUCACCAUAGUUACAACGAUAUCUUUAAGAAAGGCUGUGGGAAUAACCAAUUUCACCUACCUAAACCGUAUUCACAACCUAGCCAGUAUUUGGACUCUGGUUCAAGCACGAGAACAGGGCAAAGAAGCGAUUAUUUGUUGAAUAGUGAAAUAUUCUCAUCAAAGAGGUCAUCAAGUUUGGUAACUCCAUGUUCAAACGUUGAAAGAGAACAAAAAAAGGGGGGAAUGGGAAAGGGAAUAAAAAGAAAAAGAAAAAGAAAAAGUGGAGGUAGAAUGGGAGACUCCUUGUAUACUACUACCACAACAUUGCUUAAAAGACAACGUGGUGAACAACAUGACCUAAUGUUUGCUUUCCCGGCUAAAAUAAUUGAUGAUUCAAGCUCAAGACCAAAGCCGUUAAAAAGAUUCAAAUCAAAGUCGCUGUGCGACUUGGUGUUCCCCAAUUUAAACUUUAAAAUUUGA